CGGGACGAGGGGCGACGAGGAGGGAGCGCCUCAGGAGAAGGGCCCAGCCGUCCCUCGGGGUUCGAUGGCUCGCCUUGGAGAAAAUGGGCCCUUCCUUCGGCGGCCCGGCAGUGCGGGCGCCGCCCGGGAGAGUCCGCGAGCGCUCGGCAGUGGUCCUCCCGCCGCGACUGGCGGCCAGGCUCGUGCCCGUCUGGGCUCGCGCGCCGUGGGCUCGCGCGCCGUGGGCUCUGCUCCCCCCCUCGGGCCGAACGAGAAGAGAGGUGGCCGGGGCCCGGGCGGUUUUUUCCCUCCCUCGGCACGAGGCCCUCUCAGACGUCCGCGAUGGUGACCUCGACCUCGGAGGGCCUCCACGCCGGGCUCGAUGGAGAUGGAGGUGAUCUGCUUCACGACGUCGGAGGGCGAGUGGAGGUCGAUGAGGCGCUUGUGGAUGCGCAUCUCCCAGCGGUCGAACGUGUUGGUGCCCUCGCCGCAGGGCGACUUCCUCACGCACAGGCGCAGGGUGCGCGUGGGGAGGCGCACGGGCCCCGCGACGUGGAGCUCCUUCUCCUUCGCCACCUGCGAUGAGGUCCCUGCACACCUUCUCGAGCGACUUCACGUUGCGGCUCGUCAGCGUGAUGCGGAUGCGGUGCAGCCGCUGUUCCUCCGCCUCGAGGGACUUCACCUUCGUCUCCAUGGGCUGGCCUGGUUGUAGCCGACUGCUACUCCUCAAAGACUGGCUGGAUCGAAAACCGUAGGCCAAAACGGCUU